AUGAAGAGGAAGCUUGACGAGAACGACGCCCCCAGCGUCGAGGUGGCCGACGUCGACAAGAAGGAGCCCAGCUUUGCCGACUUCAAUCUCGAACCCCGACUCCUCCAAGCCAUUGCAAGCCAACGAUUCAAGACACCCACCACUGUCCAGCAGAAGACUAUCCCGUUGGCUCUCGAAGGUCGCGACAUUAUUGCAAAGGCUCGCACUGGCUCCGGAAAGACUGCUGCUUAUGUAUUGCCGGUACUCGAGGCCAUAUUGAAGAAGAAGAAGCAGGCGUCUACACCAUAUACUGCUGCCCUCUUCCUUGUCCCGACCCGCGAAUUGGCCGAUCAAGUCACUACUGUGCUUGAAUCCUUCACCUCUUUCUGUUCCAAGGAGAUCCAAAUCGUAAAGCUCUCCGACCGAGUUCCUGAUGCAGUAUCAAAGUCGCUUCUCUCCAACUCCCCCGAUAUAGUUGUCGCCACUCCUGCCAGGGCAUGGCACAAUGUCAAGAACUCUGCACUAUCGCUCGACAACCUCACCCAUCUUGUCUUGGAUGAGGCCGACCUGGUGCUCAGUUACGGCUACGACGAUGAUCUCCAGAGCAUUGCCGGUGUCAUCCCCAAAGGCAUACAGACAAUACUCAUGAGUGCCACACUCACCACUGAAGUUGACACAUUAAAGGGCAUCUUCUGCCGAAACCCCACUCUUCUCAAUCUAGAAGAUGAGGCCGAGGAGGACAAACUCUCGCAAUUUGUUGUCAAAUGCGCCGAAGACGAGAAAUUCCUUCUCACGUAUGUCAUGUACAAGCUCCAGUUGAUCAAGGGCAAGUCGAUCAUUUUCGUCGCCGACGUUGAUCGCUCAUAUCGACUUAAGCUUUUCUUUGAGCAGUUUGGAAUAAGGAGUUGUAUCCUCAAUAGCGAACUUCCGGUCAACUCCAGAUUACACGUGGUAUCCGAGUUUAAUCGCAACGUAUAUGACAUCAUCAUUGCUUCUGAUGAGAACGAGGUUAUUGGCGAUGAGGAGUCUCCGGAACAAGAAGAUGCUGAGGAGGACGCCGAGACUACUGGAAAGUCCAAGAAAGCGGAGGCGCCCCCAAAGAAGAAGAAGCGCAAGUCGCCCAAGGAUCACGAGUAUGGUGUCUCGAGGGGUAUCGAUUUUCGGAACGUUUCAUGCGUCGUCAACUUUGACCUACCCACCUCGGCCAGAUCGUACACUCACCGGAUUGGACGUACGGCACGAGCUUCGCAGAGUGGUAUGGCCUUGUCAUUUGUUGUGCCAAAGGAACAGUAUCGCAAACACAUGCCGACCACUGUUGAAACAGCUGAAAACGACGAAAAGGUGCUGGCAAAGAUCAUGAAGCAGCAGCAGAAGAAGGGUAGAGAGAUUAAACCAUAUGCUUUCGACAUGAAGCAAGUCAACAACUUCCGGUAUCGUAUGAACGAUGCGCUACGAGCCGUCACCAGUGUCGCUGUUCGUGAGGCACGUGUACGAGAGCUGAGACAGGAGCUGGCAAAGAGUGAGAAGCUCAAGAGAUAUUUCGAAGAGAAGCCGCAGGAGUUGUCGCAUCUGAUCAGACACGACACAGAGAUGAGGACGGCCAGGACACAAAGCCACCUGAAGCAGGUGCCGGACUAUCUGCUGCCCGAGGGCAAGAAAGCUCUGACGGCAAACGAGAUUGGAUUUGUGCCAUUCAAAAAAGACGGAAAAUCGAAGAAAGGAAAGUCGUUCAGAGGCAAGGGAAAGAGAAUCGGUACCCGAAGAGUCGAUCCACUGAAAUCGUUCAGAGGAAGGCCGAAGUCGAAGAAAUAA